CCCACGCAAGGCGAAAACCCAGUGCUGAAAUCAGUGUGAAAUGCAGCUCGAUGUGGAAAAGACGAGUUUCUCAUACCCCUGCAAGCCUCAUUCUCUUAGCCUGCUGCUUCGAUUGCUUUGCUUCUUCCAUUGGCCUCCGCACACUUUUGACACGACGGGUCCGGACCUGCUACGCAUGCAUCCUUUCGCUUGCACCCAACAACAGCCCUCCUGAAUCUCGUCCAUUUCGGUACCUUGCAUUCAUUUCCUUUGGAUCCCUCUUUCAGCCGGUCUUGGUGAUAACAUUACUUCUUCCCACUUUUGCAUACCCCUCUCACCCUCAAACUCCCUUCAAACCUACGAGGGCACGACUUGCAGAACGGUUUCUCUUCUGCGGAGGUGCUGUCAAAAUCAUCAGCAUAGGCCUAGACACGGACCUUGACUGGUGACAUAUCUGACUGCGGGCCGCGCGCAGAGACCACCACUCUAUCCCAUCGAUUGUGUGAAAUCAUGGGUCCUUCUUUGAGAGGUCACACCUCUAUGACCUCAAUGGCUCGACCUCAAACUCGCGAAACAAAUCGUCCAUCGACCAGAGAGCAGAUCGUCAGUGAUGCGAUGGUUCCCAGUCGAACGUCGUCGCUACACUCUAGAAUUACGCAGCCACUACCGUCGACGCUAACGAAAUCGAAUAAUCGACCGACUCCAAAGACUUUAACCCAUGCAUAUAUGGUAUGCGGUGUUGGAAGGGAGCCGUCGCAAUGGGUCAAAGCACCACCACCGUCGUUUGGAAAGAUCCAGCACAUGAAGGGAGCUGUCGGCCAAUUUUGGUUGCCUGAGAUUUUGGGCAGCAGCCCACGACUUGAGAGCGAUAAUGAAAUCGCAAGAGCUCUACACAGUGCCAUGAGGGCGUGUUUUCCUCACGAUGUCGAAAUCUGCACAGGUCGAAGUCAACCGCACUGUGUCCACCAUUCAUUUGUUCUCCAGCAAGACUCUCAGCAUACUCUCUACGGUAUCGCUCUUCGAGUCUGGUCUCGAGCUGAUGAAAAACGAGCUGAAACCAUUCGUGAUCUGCGCCGAAAGACCGAGCCCGACUACAGAGACGUCGCAGACGAAACCUACUGGAUCCCGUACUGCUUGAGCUUCCUGUCCAGAUAUCCUUUGUACAACCUGCUCGGCGACUACUUGCGCGGCAUGUGGAUUCACUGGAACAAGGCUACAAAUCUAUUCCAUGCCGAAGAAGUCUCACGAAUUCUUAGCUUUCCAGCUCCACGUCUGAACGACCUCGUCCGUAUCGACAUGAAAGACUACGCCCUCUGCUAUCAAUUCCCGUCCUCACCAACAGGAUUCCAGAACUUUGCCAUGUGGCCUCUAUUCAGCUGUUUGACCAUCCCUAACAUUGUUGGACUCGUGGAAGCAGCCGUCUCCCCAACACGACGCAUCAUUCUGACCAGUCAUCAUCCCGCCAUGCUCACCAUCGCCGCAGAGACCAUCAGAUUCUGCGUCCGCGUCUACGAAUGGAGUGGUCUGUACGUACCUGUAGUACACGCCCGAAACGUGAGCGAGAUGGUUCAGGAGCCAGGCCCAUAUAUCCUUGGUAUCACCACCGAAUGCCGAUCGCUCUUCCAGCCGCCCAAGGACGCAUUACUCGUCGACCUGGACCGCAACCUGGUCAUCACCGACCACCCACCCAAUGUCCUCACCGCAGGCCAACGCACCAAGUUCAUCAACCGUUUGACCCAAGCACUAAACAGCGACGUCGAAAUCGGUGGCGUACCACAACAUCUCAAGUCGGCCUAUGGUGGCGGCAAGUUGAUUCCUGCUGGUCAGAUCAUUGUAUUGCGCGGUGAAGUCGAGAGUGUUCAAGAUCCAUCAUGGUGGAACCAAGACUCCAUUAUGGCGGUCAUGGACCAUGUUUGCGAGAAACUCGGCCGCAAUACCGGUGUCAAAGCCUUGUUCGGUGGCAGCAUGAAGAAGCCACUUAUGACUAAGAUCUCAAUGCGGCACAUGAACGAGAUUGUCCGCGAGCGCAACCAGUACUCACGCGACGCACUCGAGGCUUGGCAAGACUUUAUCAACCUCAAGGGCAGAAUGGACACCGAACUUGCCAAGGUGGCCAAGCGCAACAACUACUUGGAGCAAGAAGUCGAGACCUGGAAACUGCAGUUCCAGAAAUUCCAGGCAUUCGUCGAGUCACUGAACAAGGAACUCGCCGAGCUGCGCGUCAAGAUCGAAUCUCACAAGCGCGAGAACCGCAGACUUACGGGACUCAUCGACCAGCAGAAAGACGACGCCGCAAGACUUACGCUCCGGUUGUCCACGACGGAAAGACAACGCGACAAUGCUCUCGAGGCUCUGGUCCUUCAGCAGGGUAUCGCCGAGGACUUGGAGAAGGAGCGGUCGCGCAAUCGCAAGGAGAUUGCGGCCUUCCAACAUACCAACCAGACGCUGCAGCGGCAACGGGACGAGGCCCAACGUGUGGUGUUGCACUUGCGGUCCCUCAUCACCGGCCAGACGCACCAUAUGGAGCACAUUGUUCGGUCUAUUGGCUCGGCGUCCGAGUUGGCGGAUUACAUCAACGAAGGAUACGAUGACGACGAGGAAGAAGAGGAUGAAGACGAUCAGGUUGCAGAACUUGAGGGUGACCACGACCGUUUCAAGAAUGUCACGUCGCGCAGCGACAAACGACUUUCGUCGCGGCCAAUGUCGGUUGAUGGCCAGGACGUCACGCCCUCGAUGGAGAGCAAGCUCCUUUCGGCCUCGAAGCGCGCUAGCAAGCGCUACUCGGAGUUGAGCAUGAGUGAUGUUGCUGAUCGGCAUCUGCGCGACAAGACGGAUGCUAUCGCCGAUAUCAUCCGGAACAUCAGCGAGCAGUGCGCUGCCGCUGUUGAAGGCCUGCAACUCGCCAACGAGGCUGCCAGUGUCGAAGAUGAUGAUGCCGAUGCCGAUGAGGAUAAUGCUGCGCUGGCGCAGACUUCGUCGUCGUCGACGAGCCACACACGGCGCGACUCAGAGGGUUUGUCUCCUGGUGGUGUUUCAGGGUCGGUUUCUGUACAGUCUGAUUCAAGGACUACAGGGACAGGACACCUCACGCCGGCGAGUGAACGGAGCUCCAUCCCCCCGACGCCGGAUCUAGUUCAUCAACGGAGCAGUACGGCCUUGAGCAUGGCGAGUACCGCGCCGACGAAUUAUACUGCGAGAGAGAGUCUGCAUCACAACUCGAGUAUGCGUACGAAGAUCGUCGAGGAUGAUGACGCAGAUGCGCAUGUCAAUGCCUCAACCGGUGGCAGUGUGAGUGAUGAGAAUGUCAAGCAGCCUAUUGUCCAGACCGUUGGUCGGGCCAUCGGCGCGACGUUGAGUCGUGUGCUCGAGGGCUAAGGUCCUGUGAGAAUGCUAAAAGAAUGUACCGUGUGUUGAUAUUAUAUCCCUUGUGACAACCUGGAGGACAUUUGCAUUGGAGCUGGGAGUUUUCGGCGCAUUUGGGAGAAACACAAUUUUCUUGUUGGGCAACAUUUUUCUCCAUAUCCCAUGUUCAAUGUUGUAUAUCUUGUGAUGAUUAUUGAAGUAUUUUAAUGAAUCGAUAUAGCCUUCAACUCAUGAGUGUCG